AUGCGGUCAAUAAUUCAAAAUGGAAUCAAUAAUCUACUGGAAUUGACUGGCCUUGAUGGUGCAAGUUUGAAGAUUUUAAUCUGUACAUUGUUGUCAUUUCCAUUCAGUAUUAUUUUCAAAAGAUUACCAGAUAACAAUUAUACAUUGAAGAAUUUAUAUAAUAUUCUUGUUUCAUGUUUUUAUAUUUUUGGUAUCUGCAAUUUACGUUCAGGUAUAGUGACAUUAUUGAUUUCAGCAAGUGGUACUUAUUUCAUUACAAGAUAUGUUCGUACUAGUUCAAUGCCAUGGAUAAAUUUUAUCUUUUUGAUGUCUCAUAUGGCAUACAGUCAUAUCCAUUUGCAAUUUUUUGCUGACUAUGAUCGUACUGUAAUUGAUAUCACUGGAGCUCAAAUGAUUCUAGUUAUGAAAUUGUCUGCAUUUGGAUGGAAUAUUUAUGAUGGGAAACAACCAAAACUGUCCUUAAAUGAAUAUAAUAAAUCAAGAGCUAUUUACAAACACCCUAAUCUUUUACCUUAUAUUGGCUAUGUGUUUUUCUAUGCUUCUUUAUUGACUGGUCCAGCAUUUGAUUUUGUUGACUAUGAAAGAUUCAUUCAUUCUACCAUGUUUGAUGAUGUGCCAUCAGAAAAGAGACCAAAACAAAGAAGAAUUCCUCGAUCGGGAUUGCAAGCAACCAAAAAGUUACUUUUGGGAUUCUUCUGGGCAUUCUUAUUAGUUAAAAGCGACAAUUUUGUUACUGCUGAUUAUAUGUUUGGCCCUGAAUUUAUGAACAAACACGGUUUCAUUUAUAGAAUUUUUUACAUGUGGAUUUUAGGGUUCUCGUUCCGAUUGAAAUACUAUGCAAUUUGGACCAUGGCAGAAGGAGCCUGUAUUUUAUGUGGUAUUGGUUAUAAUGGUGUUGAUUCAAAGACCGGAGAAUUCAAAUGGAAUAGAGUACAAAACAUUGACCCAUGGGCUUUUGAACUGGGUCAGAAUAUCCACACUUGUUUAGAAGCUUGGAAUCAAAAUACCAACAAGUGGUUGAAAAACUAUGUUUACUUAAGAGUUGCUAAACCAGGAAGAAGACCAGGAUUUAAAAGUACCUUGUUCACUUUUGCAACUAGUGCAUUCUGGCAUGGCACUCGUCCAGGAUACUACUUGACUUUUGUAUUGGGUGCUUUCCUCCAAACAUUGGGUAAAAUUUACAGAAGAAACUUUAGACCAAUUUUCUUGAUGGCAGAUGGCAAAACUCCAAGACGUGGAAAGCCCGUAUAUGACUUUAUUUGUUGGAUAAACACUCAAUUGGCCUUUGGGUUCGUUGUGCAACCAUUUGUAUUUUUAGAAUUGCCAAAAUCAAUCAAAUGUUGGGCUACAGUUUAUUUCUGGUUGAUCGGAGUAGUUGCAGCUACAUUCUUUGCAUUUAGUGGUCCAUUUGCUAAACAAGUUACCAUGUUAUUGAAGUCGUUACAACCAUCAUAUGUUGCUCAACUUGAAUCUAAAAAGAAGGAGGAAAAGAAAAAGUUGAACCCACAAGAGUCAAAAAUUGUCGAAAAAGUUGUUGGUUCGAAAUUGGAACAGAGAUACGAUUCGCCAACAUUGGGAUUACCACCAUUUGAUGUAUUUCAAGAGUUUGAUAAAAAAGAGGUUGAUCAUGAUUUGAAGGAGUUUAACGUGGCUUGGAAGUCGUUUAGAGGUCGUAGAGGAUCGAUUACAGACGAUGAUUUUGAGGGAUUAAAGGAUGCUUACAGUAAUUUUACGAAUGAAAUUAAUGACAUUUUCCAAAGUAAAAAGGAAGAAUUCCUAAAAGCUAAAGCUGAAUAUAACAACACAUCAGAAGAAAAAUCACAAUCAAAACUGGAUUGA